AUGUCGUUCGAGGCGUUCGAGGGUUCUGACGCAGAUCCUUGGGCCGUACCCAAGUUCACCGAGGGCACCAACGUCUCCCGCGUCAUCCCCAGAACGAAACCCCCCGGCAUCGAAAAACAAAAAGACAGCACGCAUGUCUAUUGCGAUGAAGUUACCGAAUACUUCAAGUGGCGUCGUCAUGGGACGCAAUCCCCCAGCUCGUGGGAUGGCGCAACCAUGGACCGCCGAGUCAAGUCGCGCAUCAAGAAAGUUCCCAUCAGAUCCCCUUGGAAAGGUCCCGAGAACUUCAGCGGCGUGGCUCGGCAUGGUAGAACAAAGUUAGCUAAUUGGCCGGGCGGCGGACCUGCAGAAACAGCGCUCUCUGCCGACGCCAGAAGUAGAUGGCUGGAAAAGCAGCUUCUGAACCUCAAAAUGCGCCAUGUCAAGGUUUUGGGCUGGGGUGGCCUCGGUGUCGUCAACCUCUUUGAGCAAGAACGCCCAGAUGACGAGCUCAUCAAAGUGGUGUGCAAGGUAGACAUCGAGGGCGACAAGGGCUACCUUGCGACUGAGAUCCGGUCCCAUCUAGACACUGCCGGAGCCAAGCAUGUCGCACAACGCAUCCCCCCAGGCCAUUUCUCGCGACCCAACGGUCGGCCUAUUCAACCAGCGCUCAAUACUGGCUCUUCAACCACCAGAAGGUCAUUCGGCUCGGAUUUGAUGAUGACGGAUAUCGACGAGGAAGCCGAGUUAGACAACGGUAACGCCGAUCCAUCGCUCAACGUCAUUCCUGUUUGGGCGACAACACAAGUCUUGUUUCUCGAGUUCAUGAGCCGCGGGGAUCUCCGCAAGAUAUCAGCUCGCGUUGCCUCUCACCUUGUGGGGGGCGGCAACUUUCCACCACUUACUCUUUGGCACAUCUUCAGCAAUCGAGGCAAGAGCAGCAUCUAUGCGCCCGAGCAGUUUACUGAGGAGUGGGAUCACGUCAAGGAGGGCGGCCCCCGUGAAUCCGGCGCGACAACGGCGGGAAACUACAACUGGUGGACCAAUCUCUACCAGGUCGGUAUCAUCAUGUACUCGCUCAUCCAGCUCUGCGAGUUCGAGACGUCGCCCGUGCCGAACUACGCGGCUAUAAGAUACCCUGACGGCUCCGAGAGAGAGGUGUGGGGAUACGGCAUGGGUCUGCUUGUUUCCCAAUACAGCAAUCUCGACUUUGAUCUGGUGAACGCUGUUGCUGCGUGUCUGUGUCAUGAUCCGGCGGACAGGCCCGAUAUGCACGACCUCGAGAGACUGACAGAAAGGAAGGUAAGCUCGCAGCCGCCUGACGGCCCGGCGGCGCAGACGAUAAGAAACUGGGGCAGGCUGAUUUUCGAGGGGGCGCCGGCGCCGAGAUAUGACCCGGCGGCGCCGACGGGGAGGGAGAGACUCGGGAUGUUUCAGGAUUUUGCCCCUAUAGAUAGUGGUGGUGAUCGGUCUAGGCUGGCUCCGGCCUGGCAGGCUACGUCGCAGCAGCGUGCGGCUUCAGCCGCGAAGUUUCAGAGACAACAACAGCAUGGUGUCCCGGCCGGAAGGGAACAGGAGCAUACAGCCUCGGCCGCUGUUGUUCCGGGAGGACAACAGCCUGGACUCCAAACCGGAAGGGGGCAGCCAUAUGUUGCUCCGGCCUUGAGGGGACAGCACCAUGGUGCUCCAGUCGGAAGGGGACAGCAGCAGCCUGGACUUCAACCUGGAAGAAAUCAGCCAUAUAUUUCUCCGGCCUUGAGAGGACAGGGACAUGAACCUCAAACCCCAGUGGGGAGAAGACAACAACAGCAGCCUCAAUUCCCAACAGGGAGAGGCCAGCAGCGUGCGGCUACGGCUGCAGUUCGUCCGGGUUAA